AUGUGUAUGAUUGAAUGCAAGGGAGGCUUUUUAUAUAAUUUAAUAUUCAGAUACGUGGGAGUUGGUGAAUCGGAGGAAGUGCAGCUUUUCUACUACUUUGUCAAGUCGGAGGGGAAUCCUGAAAAGGAUCCUCUCUUGAUUUGGCUAACUGGUGGCCCUGGUUGCUCUUCUUGGUCCGGUCUCGUCUAUGAAGUAGGUCCACUGAAUUAUAAGAUUGAUCCAUAUAACGGAAGUCUACCCACAUUGGUCUUAAAUCCAUACUCUUGGACAAAGAUAUCUAGCAUAGUCUUCAUAGAUUCUCCCGUUGGCGCUGGAUUUUCUUAUGCAAAAAAAACUUCAACAGCAUCUAAGACAGGAGAUUUCAAACAAGUUCAAGGUCUAGUUGAAUUCUUCAAUAAGUGGCUGAUUGAUCAUCCAGAAUUCAUCUCGAAUCCAAUUUAUAUCGCCGGAGAUUCGUACUCUGGCAUUACAGUCCCCGUCCUUGUCCAAAAAAUUUCAAAUGGAAUUGAAGAAGGCAUCUUACCACCUAUAAAUCUCCAGGGAUACAUCCUUGGGAAUCCAGUAACAGGCGGAGAUAACAAUUACAGAAUCCCAUUUGCUCAUGGAAUGGCACUUAUUUCCGACGAACUCCAUAAGUCCUUGGAGAGAAGUUGCGGAGGAGAGUAUUAUGAAAACAUAGAUCCUAGCAACACCGAGUGUUUGAAAGAAUUCCAAACCUAUGAGGAGUGCAUUUCAGGAAUUUGGUCCAAGUUUAUUUUGGAUUCCGACUGCAGUUUUACACUGCAAAAACCACAAGGAGAUAGCAUUAGUGAAAGAAGAUCACUCAACCAGAAAUCUGAAUCACCACUUCCGUGGUUCGGUUGUCCAGACUAUCCUGACUUGCUGUCUCAAUAUUGGGCCAAUGAUCCUCAUGUCCGCAAAGCUCUUCAUGUACAAAAGGGAACUAUAGGGGAAUGGAAACGAUGCAACUAUGGCUUCCCUUAUCAAUACAAUGUUCGGAGCAGUGUCGAGUACCAUGCAAACCUUAGUGCUAAAGGCUACCGAUCGUUAAUAUACAGCGGAGAUCAUGACAUGCAAGUCCCCUUCUUGGCGACUCAAGCAUGGAUAAGAUCUCUAAAUUACUCCAUUGUAGAUGACUGGAGGUCAUGGGUUGUCCAAGGCCAUAUUGCAGGGUACACAAGAACUUACUCCAAUCUGAUGACAUUUGCAACCGUCCGGGUAGCAGGACACACAGCUCCUCAGUACAAGCCUAAAGAAUGUUUUGCCAUGUUUAAAAGGUGGAUUCAUUAUGAACCUCUGUAAAUAUUGCCAGUCUUUUUGGGCUUGGGUAGUAAGAUGUAUUAUAUUGUGUUGGGAAAAUUAAUAUUAAA